AAACGAGCGCUGAAAACUGGAGCAUUUGACCGAUUUCUUUUUCUUUGACAGAAAAUUAGAUAUCACCAUGAUUGUGAGGCAUUUAACGAUACUGAACGUUUAGACGAUUGUCUGUCAAGAUGUAGACCUCUGCCGUGACAACAGCGUGGUGGAGAAAGAUGCUAAAAGAAGCGAUGGCUUCAUUUUGACAGCUGUGUUGUGACGUUACAAUGGCCGGAUUGGCUCGCCUUCUAUAUUAGACAGGUGCUUUCAUAUUGCAUAUUUUUCACAUUUUCUUCGACGAUGGAGGUUGUAGGAGAUUAUGAGUACAGCAAGAAGGACCUGAUAGGUCACGGGGCCUUUGCUGUGGUCUUCAAGGGCAGACAUAGGAAGAGACCUGACCAUACUGUGGCUAUCAAAAGUAUAACAAAGAAGAACUUGGCAAAAUCACAGAACCUCCUCAGCAAAGAGAUUAAAAUUCUGAAGGAACUCUCUGACCUGCACCAUGAGAAUGUUGUGGCACUGCUUGAUUGUAAAGAAACUGCAAACCAUGUGUACCUGGUCAUGGAGUAUUGCAAUGGUGGGGACCUAGCGGACUAUCUACAAGGUGGUCAAGGGACCUUGAGCGAAGACACUAUCUCCAUUUUCCUCCGACAAAUCGCCGGAGCAAUGAAGGCUCUCAAUGCUAAAGGUGUGGUGCACAGAGACCUGAAGCCUCAGAACAUCCUGCUGUGUCACUCAGGGAAAGCUAACGCCCCUCCACAGGAGAUACAGCUCAAGAUUGCUGACUUUGGGUUUGCACGAUUCCUCAAUGAUGGCGUCAUGGCUGCCACUUUGUGUGGAUCGCCAAUGUAUAUGGCCCCUGAGGUGAUAAUGUCCCUGCAGUAUGACGCUAAGGCUGACCUCUGGAGUAUCGGCACCAUCGUCUUCCAGUGUCUGACAGGCAAGGCUCCCUUCCAGGCCCAGACCCCUCAGCAGCUGAAACAGUUUUACGAGAGAAAUGCAGAGCUAGUCCCAAAUAUACCUGCUGGAACAUCAUCUGAGCUACGAGAUCUUCUCCUUAACCUUCUCAAACGUAAUGCAAAGAACAGAAUUGAUUUUGAUCAUUUCUUCACUCACAAGUUUCUGCAGCCAGCUUCACCAGCAGCAUCAUCUUCUCCCGUCCCUGUGCCAAACAGGAGUCAAAGCUUUGGGUCAGAUAACUCCUCUCCUAGUCUCAAACAGGUGUCGGCUUCCCCACUGUCUGAUGCCACCAACAGGUUCACGGAUAAGGUCGGGGUGACACGUGAGGAUACAGCUCACGACAGGCCAACACGGUCCCCAAGCCUUACCCCAAAGGCAGCUAAAGUGGGAGGGGCGGGAGAGAAGCGAUUGGCCGGUCGAGGCGAGUCUAGAUAUGUCGACUUUGUGAUGGUCCCUGAAGGAUUACCAUCAGAUCAGUCAAUGACCAGUGACAAAGGCAGCAGAACUCAAGGCGAUGAUUUUGGCAGUGGUGACCGUGAAUGUAUGUCCCUGAAGACAGUGAACGUGGAUGGGGACACGGUGACAUUCAGGAAGCCCCACUCUCCGCCUCAGCCCCAGGAGAUGAGCCCUAACCGACCCUCCACCCUCCCUGUUCAAAGCCCUAACAACUCACCUACCUCUGAGCCUAUCCCAGUCCCAACUCAGGUUAAGGCCUACCGCCUCAUCAACGCUGAGUCCCCCUCAAGUCCAAGGGGCAGGGCAAUGACAGCAGACUCACCAAAGCGAGAUGAAGCUAAGGGUUUAAGUCGUGAUGGGUCAGAGUCCAAGCUUAGUUCAGGGCCAGACAUUGGCUCCUUGUCUCCUCCUAAUGUGCAAUUCACGAUUGGUACUCCGCCCAGCUCACAGUGGAGGCGUAACAGCGUGGGGACUCCCCCGCAGGCCCGACUGGGUUCAUGCACUCCACCCAGCGUCACUGGGUCUCCGUUGAAAAAAUCAGGUAAUACUCCCCCACGCUCUUCCCCAUUGCCGUUUGCUGGGCCUGGAUCUUUGCCCACGAUACUUGGCUCUCCAACAAAAAUGCCUGCAGGUUUUGAGUUUCCACUGAUUACAGACAAUGCCCCACCAGAGCCUGUCCACGCCCCAUUUGGGUGCUACCGCCCCCGGACAAUGCCAGACAACAUGGCCACUGUGGCUUACACCUCACACGAUUCUACAUCGGGAAAUGCAAACACGGGCAUGGUGUACACGGCAUCUCCUCCCACAUCACGAUCGCGCGCUCUGGUCGGGCGCAGCCAAACAGAGCCAGGGCCUCUCUUGUCUAACGUAACGGGCACCAGCAGGAUGGCUGAGCAGCUCUUCAGGACAGCAUUUGCUGGCAACUCCAAUAUGCCACAGGGAACAGUGGCACGUUACUCUGGCAGCCCUCGCUCCCGAGAGCGAUCUUCAUCUCUGGGCUGGGACCGGGGUCCCAUUGCUCUGGACCAGGAACGAUCGUCAACGUUCUUUCGGCGGGGCAGUGCUUACGUGGAAUCUUCUCCUCCGGGGUCCUUUCUCUAUGCCCAGUCACCCCCCAACAUGGAGGGGCCCAUCACCUUUGUGGCUCCAGAACUGCAGGAAGAAACCCUCAUGGAUGAGUACCACAAUGAGGUUCUGGCAAAGUUGAGCUUUGUGCUGGACUUGGUGGAGUGUAUCAUAGAACUGGCCCAGACCAGGGGCACGCCCAUCAAUACCUUCUCAGAGACCAUCGGGCAGCGUCAGACGGAGGCUACAGAAACCCUUCCCAGGUUCAAUGAGGCACAGAGACGCCUGGAGCAGCUUGUCUUGUACAUGCGGUCUCUUCAUUUAUUGUCCUCGUCACUACAGCUUGCCAAGGAUGAAAUCAAAAGUCAUAAACUCCACCCGUCUAACUCACUCAAAGCAGUGGCUCGUGAGAUGAACAACCAUUAUCACAGGUGCCUGGCAAUGUGUCGACAGCUCCACCGCUUGGGAUUUACAAGCCACUCUUCCUUCAGCCCUCAGCUCAUAGCCAUCACUGCUGACAAACUCAUCUACAACUAUGCCAUAGAGCUGUGUCAGACAGCUGCUUUGGACGAACUGUUUGGAAACCCACAAGAGUGUUUCCGACGUUACAGAACAGCUCAGAUCUUACUGCACAGUCUCAGUCAGCAGGCCAAGAAUGUCCGCGACAAGGAGCUGUUAAACAAAUAUCGGGAAGCUGUGGAGAAGAGACUGUUUAACAUACAGGGUCAGGGAAACAUGAAUCCUUAUGAUGCCUACAGUUGAUGAGGGGACCUAGUAGCUCGAGCUCCACCCACGGAGACUGAGUACACUCCUCAGCUACACCCCCUAACAACAGAUCACACAACUGAUAACUGUGAUCAUGUGUAAUGCGGUGUGUACCAUAGUACCAUAGUUCGGUAGUCUCUAGCUGUAGGUAGAGAGGACUGACAGCCUUAGGAAGAUGUUUUGUGGUGUGCACAUAUCAUCAGAAAAAUUUGUGUGUGUUUUACACCGUUGUAUCUUCUCGCUUAUCUCAACUAAUCAGUUGCGUAUGAAAGGCUGGAAAUAGGCAAGCUAUGGCAGGUCAUCUCCAGAAACAUCUCCUAUCCUAUAAGAACUCGGAGCCAGCAAUAACUUGGAUGUGGAGAGUUUGGCAAGGGGAGGUAAUCCCUACAGCAAUGUACAGACAGCUUUGUAUAUUUCAAGCCAUUUUAUGCUUUUCAAAGGAUCAUCAAUGGCCCACUUGUAGUGAGGGUUUUUUAAGACUUCUACUGUCAUGAGUACACUUCACUCAUGACUGUACACAGUGGAAUGAUAUUCGAAAAAAAAAAAUGAUGGACAUGGCUGUGUGUCACCAAGAGGAACGUAACAGUGUACUGCAAGCUUUGUGGUAUAUUGUUUAUGUUACAUGUGGGUGAAGUGAAAUGCUACCACUGACAUACUACAGCACUCCUGUAUCUCCUUGAGGAUGCUGUUCGUGUUGAAAACCUUCUGUCUUUCAUAUUAUCAUUCUAUCAUCGAUAAGAAACAGGACAGUGUGUGGUGUGUUUAGGAGACUUGGCCUUGGACACAGGAGUACUGAGAGGCUAGAUGGCUCUGCAGUAAUCGUAUAGAGUAGUGUGACUGGAAAGUUACACUUUGUGUAUGGCACAGACUGGUAUGAAGCCAAUAAUUGAGAACUACAUGUACAUGUGUUAAAGUACAUGGGUGUGCAUUUUUGAAACAAGGACUGAAGACAUUGGUUUGUGAAGACACUUGGUGUCUGAAGAGGAACGCACAGGAUAUUGUUUAUGAUAGUGCUGCUGUCUCAGUACAGGACUGUACGAGUGAAACGCAACAGAAAUCUUAACCUUUAUGUUAAGAAAUGUGACAGGUUGUUAAAUAUUUAAUAUGUGGUUUGAUAUUGGUUAUGCCAGUGUCGUGGCUGGAAAACCAGAGAAUGGCUAUACGGCUCGUUUUAGGGCAUUAGUAGCUGAAAGUGACUUGUGCAGACAAGAACGUGCUGUGGAGUGCUGGGCACAGGCUGUUAAACAUGUUAUCAUUCCUGCCCAGUCCAGAUCUUCAUAUUGAGAUAUAUGAAAAUGUGCUGUGGAGUUUACCUGUUCAUGUAAUGCUGUUGCAUCAGUAGUGAUUGAUGCAUGGUUGUUCUGAGACUGUAUUGUGUUAUCACACCUGUUCACCCACCGAUCAUUCAGGUAAUUACAAGGCUUUGUUCUCACAGGUGUUGUUUAGUUAGGAUUACCACAUUGCUGUCACACAAUUCACUGUAUUUUCAUCUGUACUUAUUUAUUGACUGCCAAUGCAAUGCACCGUCUGCUUUAUUAUCGCCUGCGUUUAAUAUGCAUGUUGUGUAAAGAGUGUAAUUUAUGGAGCUUGAACUGCGUAUACAGAUCUAUAUGAGUUACAUGUAAUAGUGAUUAAUACAUUUAGCACAAUCAGGAACUCCAGGUCACCCCUAUCUCUAUGAUGGUUUGGUCCAUUUGUGAGCUAUGGAAUCGAUUGUUGUCAGUGAUCAUGGACACUUGCAUUUAGUUUGCAUGGGUGUACAAGUGAUAAAUGCAUACAUUUGAUUUUUCUAUACAUUUAGAAUGUACAAGUAUGUUUGGUUUGUUCUGAAUUCUAAAUUGAUCUCAAGCCUUCAUUGUUAAAGUAUGAUUUACAUGUACCAUUGUAUGCACUUCUGUCUUACCACAUUGUAAUGAAUUCAGUUGUCCUGUGGUUAUCAUGUUGAAUGAUGAAGACGUGCAUGAUACUAAUAGCAAGUAAUGAUGAGGACAAAAAACAGAGAGAAAAAAUAUGGAUGUCACCAUGACCUUGUAAUGACAACAAUAACAAUUAUCACAUGACUUUAAAGACAAUCAGCACAGAUAUCGUCAUCAUUCGAUGAUGAUGACAUGAACAAUGUGGAUAUCGCUUAAUAAUGAAGACAAACAGUGAGGAUAUCACAUCACGAUGGAGACAAAAUGUCAUCAUUAUCUCUUUAUAGAGGCAGUAACACCUUAAGAUAUCAUGAUAAAAGAAAGAUAUCCCAGACAAAAAAAAGGCAAAACAUUUAGAAUAUAUCAGAAGAAGUACUCAGCUGCUGCAGUCUUGUCUACUGACCUCAAGUUUUAUGUUCCGGUGUUUAGCUAAGGAUACAUGUAGCUAUUAGUACACAGUCGCUGUACAGACCUAAUGGUUUGCUCGUUCUCCAUAUGCUGUGCAUUGUUCGUGUAAUAAACAAGGUAAUAACACAUACAUGUAAUAUCAAGGAUGAAUCUCGUGCAGGUGAUGCAACAAAUUACAAGUAUGAUGAGGACAGAGAAACAUUCCUUGACGGUAUACAGACAUUGAGAAAUAAAGACAUUGAGGAAUGCAGACGUUGAGGCAUACAGACAUUGAGGCAUACAGACAUUGAGACAUGUUUGUUAAGAGACCUGUCAAGUAUUUGUGACAAUUAAACACUGUUUUGUGUACAGCCAGUACAGUGCUGACAUCCUUGCCCAAAAUUUUCUGGUCAGCCUCAUUUAUAUACAUUUAGCUUCAGAACUUUCUGAGCUUAUUAAAUAAUAACCCAUAUGACUAGCUUGUUUGUCCCUUCUUCCGCGCGAUGCCACUUGUGAUGUUUCAAAUUGCAUUUUCACUUCGGGACAUGACUGUUUCUGAAGAGGGAUCAUUAGAAGGGUAAAGGAAAGUGGUAAUGUCAAUUUAUACUUGUUAGUAUAUACAUUAAUUAGUCCCAAGUCUGAAAGGUGUGAAUCGGUUAUUGGUGUCAUGUUUCACUUGUGCACUAUUUAUUUAAAUUCACUAGAAUGAAUUUACACACCUUACCUCAUCUUAGUUUCAGUUAUGUUAACUUUUUUUUUUUAAACAUGUGUAUAUUUUGCAUUUUUUAAAGAUAGAAAAAAUUCUGUGCAUUGUUUUGCCACCAGUUAUAGACAUUGUAAUGAAAUGAAGUCAAGCAUAUCUGUUGCA